CUCUCCUAACUCCAUCGUCGAGCUCUCGCCUGCUCAGAUAUUUGAGGCAGCGGACGUAGGGCGGUGGCUACGGACAAGAUACAGAGACGGUGAGGGAGCCGUUGCCGACGUAAGUCCAAGAGCAGACAGCCAUCAAAGAUCUGUCCCAUCCGGCCCCACUUGCAGUGCCCGUUGGGCGGAUACGAUACGACCCACUUUCCUGCUUGCUUGGGCUGCGCCGUCUAUAUAAGUCAACCGACCGUCCUCACCUAGUCACCCUCUCCCGGCCAAUUACAUUACACGAAAACAGAGCAUACCUUAGCAGAGCUGCACAGAGCUUGGAGCUGAGAUCCCGUGGAGUAGUCGGCACUGAGAGGACGAAAAUGGCACGGAGUCCAGCUCAAGUCGCCCUCCGGUUGAUCGCUCUUCUCCUUCUGCUUCCAGCGGCGUGGUCGGCGACGUUCACGAUGACCAACAACUGCGGCUACACGGUGUGGCCGGGGCUGCUGUCGGGCGCGGGCACGGCGCCGUUAUCGACGACGGGGUUCGCCCUGGCGCAGGGCGCGUCGGCGACGGUGACCGCGCCGGCGAGCUGGUCCGGGCGCAUGUGGGCGCGCACGCUCUGCGCCGAGGAUGCCGCCGGCAAGUUCACCUGCGCCACGGGCGACUGCGGCUCGGGCGCGCUCCAGUGCAACGGCGGCGGCGCCGCGCCGCCGGCCUCGCUGGUCGAGUUCACGCUCGACGGCUCCGGCGGCAUGGACUUCUUCGACGUCAGCCUCGUCGACGGCUACAACCUCCCGAUGCUGGUCGUGCCGCAGGGCGCUGCCACUGCCGCCGCCGCCGCCAGCUCCACGGGCGGGCCCAAGUGCAUGGCCACCGGCUGCCUCGUCGACCUGAACGCCGCGUGCCCGGCCGCGCUGAAGGUCACGUCGACGGGGGCCGCCAGCAGUGCGGUCGGCGGGAGCGCCAUGGCGUGCCGCAGCGCGUGCGAGGCGUUCGGGUCCCCGGAGUACUGCUGCAGCGGCGCGUACGGGAGCCCCAACACGUGCCGGCCGUCGACGUACUCGCAGUUCUUCAAGAGCGCGUGCCCGCGCGCCUACAGCUACGCGUACGACGACUCCACCUCCACCUUCACCUGCGCCGCCGGCACCAACUACGCCAUCACCUUCUGCCCCAGCACCACCAGUGGGAAGUACACCGACGAGAACCCGCAGGCCGCCGGCGUGCCGCCCACGAACGGGACGGCGAUGGUCUACCACGGCGGCGAGCAAUUCUCGACGGGCGGCGGCGCCUCCAUUGCCGCCCAUGCGUCGCAGCUCCUCGUCGCGUUGGCCGUCGCCGUCUCGCUGCUCCUGUAAGGGCCGGUCGGCCGGCCAUGCGUGAAAAUGGCGGCAGCAUACGUGCUCCCCGCCUCACGAGGUGUCUGUCCUUAUCCGGCGGGCUGCUUAUGGCGUGACGGAGGCAGAGAUGAGAUGAGACUCGAGCGGAGCACGAGAGAAGGGCGGGCGGGCAAGACCAGAGGCUGACAGUGCCACUACUGACAGAUAAAACAAGGAUAUCUUCACAUAGAACGCAGCCUUCUAGAUAGCUGACAGCAUGUCGCGGGCUUAGGUUAAUGUUUACUCUCUACGCUUCUUUGAUUUGUUGAGCGGAAAUGAUGAUGUGUUCAUUGUUCGUCGUGAUAUAGUAUGAAUCGUCACUAUUUUUA